AUGGUAUCAAUCGCGCCGAGAGAUCUUCGAGGAUCUGAAGAUUCAGGCACAACGAGUAAAGAUAUCUCGCCGCCGUUUUCUUCUCGCCCCUCAGAAUCGUCCAUAUCCUCGGUCCAUGGCCCCAACCACGCUGCUAUCAUAGGCUAUGCCUGUCGCGUUGCUGGUGCAGAUCGUCCAAGUAAACUCUGGGACAACAUUGUCGAACAGAAAGACCUUAGGCAAGAGAUGCCCUCUAAUCGAUUCCAUAUUGAGAAUUUCUUUCAUCCCAAAGGAACAAACAAGGGAACGACAAAUACCAAGCAUGGUUACUUUCUUGAUCAAGAUCUGGGGGUGUUUGAUCGUAGCUUUUUCCGCAUUUCCGGCAAGGAAGCCGAAGCUAUGGACCCCCAGCAGCGCCUCCUUCUUGAAGUGGUGUACGAGGCGCUCGAAGAUGCCGGCCUUACUUUGGAUGAAAUAGAUGGAUCAGACACCUCGGUCCUAUGUGGCUCAUUCACAAAUGACUACAAUGCCAUGCUCACUAAAGAUUUGGAGUACUACCCCAAAUAUACUGUGACGGGGACAGGAAACGCCAUCCUCGCCAAUCGGGUGUCCUAUGCUUUCAACCUUAAAGGGAUGAGUCUCACAAUCGAUACUGCAUGCUCUUCCUCUCUGGUCUCCUUCCACUUCGGCGCCCAGGCGAUCCAGAAUGGAGAAUGUGACAUGUCCAUUAUCGUGGGCUCAGCGCUCCAUUUUGAUCCGAAUAUUUUCAUCACCAUGACGGACUUGGGAAUGCUGUCCGAAGAAGGUCGCUGUCGGGCAUUCGAUGCCGAUGGGAGAGGUUACGCCCGAGGAGAUGGAAUAUGCGCCGUCAUCCUGCGCGGACAGAACAAGGCGCAACUGUAUGGAAAUCGGAUUCGCGCUGUUGUGAAGGCCACCGGGUCUAAUCAUGAUGGAAUGACACAGGGGAUCACUCUGCCUUCCCCAGAGGCACAGGUGGACCUGAUCCAACGAACCUAUCAGUCCUGUGGGUUAGAUCCCGCCGACACACAAUAUGUAGAAGCGCAUGGUACCGGCACUGCUCGCGGGGAUCCGCUGGAGAUGAGAGCCAUCGGUACAUGUUUUGCCUCCAAACAGCGCAGUCAGCCCCUAUACGUUGGAUCUAUCAAGACCAAUAUAGGACAUACGGAAGGGGCAUCCGGAGUCGCCGGCCUGAUCAAAGCCACAAUGGCCCUUGAAAAGGGGAAAAUCCCACCAAAUAUGCAUUUCAAGAGAGCGAACAAAGAAAUCGCAUUUGACGACUGGGGGAUUCAAGUGCCCACGGAUUUGAUCGAUUUCCCCACCAACAGUCAGGGUACGAAGAGAGUCAGUAUCAAUUCCUUUGGCUAUGGUGGCUCCAAUGCACAUGUAAUUCUCGAAGCAUUUGGUCCAUUUCCCGACAACAUCGUUCAACCAGGCUCGACGGUUUUAAAAGCUUUUGAGGCCGAUGUCAUUGGUCGCCCGUUCCUGGUGCCAUUGACCUCGCACUCGGAGAAAGCAGGGAAGGUGUGGACUGACAGCCUCACGGCUUAUCUGCAAGAAAAGCCGGAGACCCUCGUGUCCGAUUUGGCUUACAGUCUGACCAAUCGUCGAACCCUUCAUGAAAAACGAUCCUUCGUUAUUGGAACGAGUGCAGUGGACGUCGUGAACAAGCUGGAAAAUGUGCCCCCGUGGACAAGGGCCAAGCAAGACCCUUUACGACUAGGAUUUAUUUUCACCGGCCAGGGUGCUCAAUGGCAUUCAAUGGGCCGCGAAUUGAUUUCCAAGGUCUCGAUAUUCAGGCAGACUUUGGAGAGAGCCGAUCGUGUUCUAUCCAGUCUACCCGAUGGCCCAUGUUGGUUGAUCGUGGAAGAGCUUUCCAGGACAAAGGAGGAGUCCCGGCUCGCAGAAACCGAAUUAUCUCAGCCUGUUUGCACAGCGGUGCAAUUGGCGAUUUUGGAGCUCCUGAAGAGUUGGGGGGUUGUUCCAGCAGCAUGUGCUGGACAUUCGUCAGGGGAGGUAGCAAGUGCAUAUGCGGCAGGCAUUUUAUCUUUCGAUAGCGCAAUGUGUGUCGCAUAUUAUCGCGGUUUGCACAUGUCAAACAAAGCGCUACAGUUAGGAAAGGAUAACAUCCCAGGGGCGAUGUUAGCUGUGGGAUUAGGGCAAGCUGAAGCUGCCUUGGAGAUCAGGGACUAUCCAGGCCGAGUGGUCAUCGCCGCAGUGAAUAGCCCAUCUAGUGUCACUCUAUCUGGAGACGAAGAUGCAAUUAUCGCUGUCAACGAAGGCUUGCAAGCUCGAAAUGUUUUUGCACGUCGCUUGCAGGUAAAACAGGCGUUCCACUCCCACCACAUGAGCCCCCUCGCACCGGCAUACGAGAAAGCGCUAGUCGAAUGUUCCAGUUUUGUAGUAAAGCCCUCUGAAACACGGAUGUUCUCCAGUGUUACUGGCCGAGUGGCCAAAUCAGACAAGAUGGGACCAGAAUACUGGGCCGCCAACAUGACCGGCACUGUUCGAUUCUCUGACGCCUUGGUCGGAAUCCUCCUCGAUGAUAUGGAAAAUGAAAACCUCGAUGUCCUGAUCGAGAUUGGACCUCAUCCAGCACUGAAAGGCCCAUCUAAGCAGGUGAUGAAGAGCUUAAACAUGGAUCUGCCAUAUUUUUCAUCUUUGACACGGGGAGCCCCAGAUUUUGAGGGAAUGCUGGCUUUGGCUGGCCAGCUCUUUCAACUGGGUUACCCGGUCGACCUGUCGGCGCUUAACAGUGAUAUUUACCUUACCGAAAAUGAUGUUGCACAUCAAAUAUCCUCUGCUCAAAAGCUGCCCGACCUGCCAACGUAUGCAUGGGAUCAUUCCGAGCGGUUUUGGGCGGAGACCCGAAUCAUCCAUGAGCAUCGUCUACGUCCCUAUCGGCAUUCAAUUUUGGGCACCAUUAUGCCCGGCUCAAUUGAGAAGCAUACCCGUUGGCGGAAUUACUUGAGGGUUCGAGAGUUACCCUGGCUUGGCGACCAUGUGGUGGAUGGGAAGGUCGUCUUUCCGGCAGCAGGUUAUAUGAGCCUUGCCAUUGAAGCUGCCAUCCGAUCGAAGGGGGAGGUUGGUGAUUUCAAUGGUCUAGCCUUACGGGACAUUUCCAUAAAAGCCGCGUUAGUUCUUGACGACUCUGAUAUGGGUACCGAGGUGAUCCUGGAUAUCCGCCCUCGAACCACUUCCGCCAAGUCGAAGUCCAAUACAUGGCUUGAAUUCUCCAUUUUCUCCUAUGCUGCUGGUGGUGAGGCAUGCACAGAGCACUGCACAGGUCUGGUUUCAGUUGAGGAUCAUGCGAACAGGCAGAUGUCACUAGAGGAACAUGAGCUGCGACAGAAGCAAAGCACCUCGUGUUCCUCGGCACGGGGCUUCUACCGUCAUUUGCAUGACCUUGGACUGCAGUAUGGUGCAGGCUUCAAGCUUUUGACUGGGAAUAUAGAGUGUGGCUCUGGUUUUGCUUCCUCGACACUCACAUUCAGUCCCGAGAAAUAUGCAAGUCAACCUGCAGAUGUGACUGUUCUUCACCCGACCAUGCUAGAUGCCACGUUCCACACCAUAUUUGCUGCUCUCGAGGGUCUUAUGGGAAAGGACCUGGACGUAGCCUUUGUGCCCACCUUCCUCCAAUCAUUGGAAAUUUUGCCCGAGAUGAUACCGAUCAAGGAUGCUAAGGGACCGCAGGAGGUAUGGGUGGCAUCAUCAGCUCAUUUCUCUGGCCCCCGAGCUGCCGUCAGUGAUUUGGUAGUCUACAAUCAAGACACCGGUCGGGCAUUGGUGUCUGUGGCCGGUCUCCGACUGACCUCAUUGAGUAAUGGGGAUGAUACCAAUGACCGCUCUUUGUUCUUCCGUACACGAUGGCAACCAGCCUUUGAUCAACUGAUGAUGUCGUCUUCACCGGCUCUACACCAGGCGGGCCUAGAACACUUGCUCCAUCUCUUCGUGCAUCAGCACCCGAACACAAGGAUACUCCAUGUCACCUCUGAUAUUGAGCAUACCAGGGAGAUUGUAAACUUGUUGACUGACAAUAGCAACGAACGGCGUGUGUUCCAGUCUAUUACAGCCGUUGCGUGCAACAAGUCAUUCGAUGAUCAAUUCCAAGAUGAGCUAGCGGUACUGCAAAAAGAGCGGCCAGGUUUUGUUCUUUCAGAAGCACCAGAAGAGCAGAGUUUUGACUUGGUGAUUGUGAGUAAUGCCAAAGAUCAAGACGUUUUACCUUACAUCAAAGAUGACGGCUAUGUUAUCACCAACGGUUGCAUCAUUGAUCAAUCGAAACUGAAGAAGCUUUUCGAUGGGCAAAACAUCAAUGUGUGGCAGAAGAGCACAGAGACUCUAUGCUACCAGAAACCAAUUCUCUUGUGUCUGUCAUCCAAGCCUUCCCGCCGUACGCUAGACCUGGUAUCGCAUCUCAAAGCUAAAAACAAGCAGCGUUCUAUCUCUUCUGUCUCGAUCGCUGAGCUACCUAGCAGAUUGAGCGAGGACUCCGACUUGGUCAUUUUGGCUAGCUUAGACCAAGAUCUGUUUGCGCAGAUGAAGCAGGAGGAUGAGCUCGAGUUCAAUGCUACCAGGGAAGUGCUCACCCGCCCAGACAUGAAUGUCCUAUGGCUGCUUCAUGGAGCCACCUCCAACGUGACGAGCCCUAUGGGGGCUUUAAUUAUUGGGCUGAGUCGGAGCGCGCGGUCCGAAAAUGCAAGCUUGCGGCUGCUGACUCUGGAUCUUCCUGAUGAAUGGGCUCACGAAUCGGUUGUGACGUUGAUUCCUCAACUGUUGAAUCCAGCGAUCCAAGAAGAAGAGUUUUCUCUUCGGGAAAAUGUCCUUUCUAUUCCUCGCAUUGUGAACGAUGACGGCCUUAAUUCAAGGGUUCCAGGAGGCGUGGCUUCAGGAGCCAAGGCGGAGCCCUUCAAUUCCGAACAUCCCAUCAGGCUGGCUAUUGACCAGGUUGGUUUACUGGAAACGCUUGUCUGGGAGGAAGAUCAUGAGAUUAUCAACGAGGAUCUCGCGGCAGAUGAUAUUGAAAUUGAUGUCCGCGCUUCCCCCAUAAAUUCCCGAGACGUUGCUGCCGCUGUGGGUAUUCUCGAUGACUAUAUGCUAGGCGACGAGUGUGCUGGCAUUGUCCGGAAAGUGGGUAAAAAUGUCAAUCCUGCAGAUUUCAAGUCUGGAGAUCGCGUGUUAGCUCUGCGGCCCGGGAGGGGAGCUCAUCGUUCCGUCGUCCGAAACCCUGCCUGCCACUGUUACCGGUUGGGUCAAAUGCCCUUCGAACAGGCAGCCGCCGUGCCUUUAAUUCUGACCACCGCAUACUACUCUCUUGUCGAUACCGCAAGGCUACAACCUGGCGAAACUGUUUUGAUUCAUGCCGCAGCUGGCGGAGUCGGCCAGAUGGCAAUUCAGAUCGCCCAAAUGAUCGGUGCCAAUAUCAUCGCCACAGUUGGCUCUCCCGCAAAGCGGGAUCUACUGAUCUCUCAGUAUGCUCUGGCUGAGGAGAAUAUUCUGAACUCUCGAGACAAUAGCUUUGUCGACGGAGUUAUGAGGCUGACCGACGGCAGGGGCGUGGAUGUCGUCCUGAACAGUCUGGCUGGCGAACUUCUUCACGCGUCUUGGAACAGUUUAGCCACAUUUGGCCGCUUUGUCGACAUUGGAAAACGUGACAUCCAUGAGAACACGACUAUUGGGAUGGCGCCAUUUCGACGAAACGUUUCGUUUUCCUCAGUUGAUUUGGUGACCAUCUACAAACACAAUCGACAGCAAGAUUAA